AUGGAUGCAACUUUAAACGAUCUGGAGGCUCUGGCCGCGAGCCUGGCGUCCCCCGCCUCCUCGCCCAGGGGAGAGCACGAGCUCGGGCGGCUGGCCGAGGCUUUCCUGGAUCGUUCAGACGGCGCUGAGCUGGGAGUGGGUGGCGGCUCCCAGGCGCUGGGCUCCAAGAUAAGGGAGGUAGCUCAGGCACUGAAGGCGCUGGAUGCCCGUCUGCAGCACAUUGCAGCAGCCACCUGCGACGCCAGCGUGCUGGAUGCGGUUGUAGCAGCCGGCUGCACCACACGCAGCAACGCACCGCUGCUGGCGCGGCUGCGUGCGCCGCCCAGCAAGAAGUACCUGGGCUUCUGCCUCGGCGGCUCACGGGAGCAGGGCCACGGCGUGCCCAGCCCGCCCGCCUGGCUGCUGCAGGCGCUGGCGCAGCGGCUGCGGCGCCAGACCGGGCUCAGCCUGUUCAAUUUUGACGUCAUCGUGCCCAUGCACUGCCACCGCCGCCGCCUGCGCCACGACAGCAGCACCGCCGGGGUCGGCACGCCCGCCAGCAGCCUGGAGCAGGCUAGAAUGCAGCAGGCGGGGCAGGCGGGGCAGCAGGCGGGCGGGGUGCAGCAGAACGGCGCCUGCCGGCCGCAGCAGGCAGAGCAGGCCGAGGAACCCGCGGCUUUGGACCUGCGCCUGGCAGAGGCGCAGGCGGCGGCGGCCGCAGCAGCAGCACCUGCCGUGCUGCACGACGCGGCGGCGAGGGGCGGGGCAUGCGUCGGGCAGGAGCGGCGGCCGCCCAGCGAGCAUGCGGGGCAUGCGGGGCAGGGCGAGGAGGGGCAGCAGCAGGAGCUGCUGUACCACCUGAUUGACAUCAACUACUUUCCAGUGUAUGAGAAGAUGCCCAACUACGAAGGCUACAUGGUGCAGUUCCUGCGCUCCAUCACCGCCCCGCGGGAGGCAGCGGCGGCGGCGGCGGCGCCCUCGCCCAACGCCCAGCAGGAGCAAGAGCAGCAGCAGCAAGCGGACCUGCCGGCGCAGUAG